CCUUUCAGCCCUAAAUAUGAAAAUGGGUGGCUAUGGAACAACACAUUCUACAAACAAGGAGGACCGAUCUUCUUCUACACUGGAAAUGAGGGUGGUAUCGAGGGAUUUGCCAAGGCUACUGGAAUGAUGUGGGAUUUGGCGCCAAUGUUCCACGCGGCCAUUAUUUUUGCCGAACACCGUUUCUACGGCGACACUCUGCCGUUUGGAAACUUGUCCUUCUCGAGCAUCAACAACCUAGGAUUUUUGACGUCCGAACAGGCUCUUGCAGACUUUGCAACUCAGAACAAUACUUGGAAUUACUCGUAUCCUAAAGACACACCAGUGAUCGCAUUCGGAGGCUCGUACGGUGGAAUGCUGUCGGCAUGGCUUCGCAUCAAAUAUCCACAUCUCGUCAAUGGUGCUUGGGCCUCUUCCGCACCACUAAUAUAUUUCCGGGGAGGUGGAGUGGACCAAGGCGCUUUCGAUGCCGUCACUACUGCAACGUACUUAGAAGCUGGUUGUAAUCGAUUUAUCGUUGAAAAUAGUUGGAAUGCAAUAGUCAAUUUGUCAUCCACAAAAGAUGGACAAAAUUUUCUAAACACUCAGUUCCGUAUAGAUCCAAAGUCGCAAAUCAAUUCCACAGACGGUGGUUGGAACCUAAACGGCUAUUUCCGGGAAGCGAUUGAGUACAUGGCUAUGGUGGAUUAUCCUUAUGCGACCUCUUUCCUCAUGCCUCUUCCAGGCUGGCCAGUAAAGGUUGCCUGCUCGUUUAUGAGCGCCACGGGAACGAAAUUCUCAGACAAGGAGUUGGCGACGAUGAUGUACAAAGCUGCCAAUGUCUACUACAACAGCUCUGGUAAACUACAGCAUAAUUGCAUUGAUCCUGCUGUCUGUGGUGAUAUAGCUACCGCAUCGUUAGGCGAGGGGCUUGCAUGGCCGUGGCAGGAAUGCAGCGAGAUUGUCAUUGAUAUGUGCUCUAAAGGGGGCAAGAACGAUUUCUUCUGGGAUGAGUGCAAAUCGAAUUGGACAGGUUUUCUUGCCAAAGUGUGCAAAUCCACAUUCAAGAGUCAAGGUCUUCUCGAUCCAUGGUCAGGAGGCGGCUAUAAAGCUUCAUCACCUGAUAAUCGUAACGAUCAUGGUAUCUACGUGGUGGAAAUUCCUGGCAGUGCUCAUCAUCUCGACCUAAGGAAACCAAACAGCUGUGAUCCGAACACAAUCAAAAACGCUAGAUAUCAGGCAAAGUGUUAUUGGUGUUUCUUUCAAAAAAAAAAAAGCCGUAUUGACGACUUUACUUGUGAGAUUAUGGCUUCUCACCUAUGA